AUGACCCUCAAUCACGUCCUCAUUCUUGGUGCGGGCCCAGCAGGCCUCUCAGCAGCCAUCGCACUGUCGCAGCUGAGCGACACACCAUGCGCAAAACAGUUGCGGAUCACAGUGCUCGAGCUGCGGCCUGAGCCUAGCACCCUCGGCGGCUCUAUCAACCUCACCCCCUUAGCCAUGCGAUACCUCGAUCGUGUGGGUGUGGGGGCUCGGCUGCGACCGCGAGGCAUCCCCGUGCGAGCUAUUGACAUGUUGAGUCUGCGAACUGGUAAGCUCAUGGGAAGUCUCUGGCCGGAUGUCGAUGCGCUGCGUGUGAAGAGAAUGGAUCUGGUCAACUGCAUGCUUGAGGCCAUUGCUGAAAGGACAAAUGUCCAGGUGCGGUUUGGGGUUCGUGUGAUCAAGAUUGAUGAGGAGUGCGGUGCGGCAGGGGAAGGCAGGAUAGUCCUCACUUUUGAGAAUGGAGAGCAGAUCGAUGGCGAUGUUCUGCUGGGAUGCGACGGCUUGCACUCUGCUGCAAGGAAACUGCAUGUUGAGCCCGAGAGAAAGGAGGUCUACUCAGGAAAGGCGGUUGCGUAUGGCUUCGUCGCCACCCCAGAGGCCGAGCAAGUGGAUUUCAAAAGGGCGGAUGGCAAUCCUGCCAUUCGAGACUCGACACUUGUUUCUGGCCAACACGGGGCUCUUGUAUUGUCUUUCUACGAGCCAACAAGACAAAGCCUCUAUCUUGGCGGGGUCAUGGGCAUGGAUGACGAACAUGAAGGAUCCAAGGAAGGGUGGAGAGCGCGUGGAGAAGACAAGAGCAAAGUCAGAGGAGAUAUCCUCGCUCGAUUCCAAGGAGAGAGUAUGCCUGGCUUUUCAGGUCUUAUCGGGAAAUGCGAGGAUUGGUGCUUGUUCCCCGUUUACCGUCUCCCUCCGAAUGGGCGAUGGUCAAGGGGUAGGGUAAUUCUGCUAGGAGACGCAGCACAUGCGGUAAGUCAAGGUGAUAUCGAUUCGAGAAUUGACGAAGUCAUUGACGCUGCGUGCAGAUGCCGCCUCAGGGAGAGAGUACCGGAAUAG